UUUUCUUCUCCUCUUCUGUCGCCGUGCCCUAAACUCCCCACCCCCGCGCGCCUUCUCUUCCCCGCACGCGUGCCCUAACCGGCGCCGCAAACCGCCGUUGCUUCCCUCUCCUCUGCCCGACGCCGACGACACCAGGGAACAGAGAGCCGGCGACUAUCUUCUCUCUCCCUCUUCCUUUCUUCUUCCCUGUCUCCGCCACUGAGGUCGGGACGCGCCGCCGCCCCUCUCGGCCGAAAUCUACCUCCAAGCCGAAGCCCUAGCCACUGUGAGAUCUGAGCCCCCUCCCCACUGCCGCCAGUGAUGCCAAGCAUCCCUGCACAGUGCCGUCGGCCUCCCUUCUGCCCUAGCCGACCACCACAGUGCUUGCCGACGCCGCCGUCUCUCGACCCAACGCCGACCACCGUCUGUAGCUAUGCACCGUCGACCCCACAGAUGAGCUCCAACAGCGGCUUCACGGUCAUGUACUCAUCAUCCAUUUACCUUUGUUUUGGUUGUGAGCUUGAUCUUGCAUCUACUGCCCAAUUGAUUUUCAGAUUUACAAGGAGCAGUUCCAUCAUAUCACUGAUGAGGAAUUCAAUUGGGCAUAUGGAAUGUGAAGAUUUUGGAUCAGUAUCGGGGAUAUUAAUUCAAGGACUGUGAUUCGGGACGGGCGUCUCGACAUUUGGAUUGGUUUGAUUCGAUCUACAUUGGA